AUGACGACGACGAUUUCGAAGACGAAGAUGAAGAAGAUUACCGGUGGGUGUCUGCGCGCUUUGUCGUCGCUGUCUUCCUCUUCAGAAAGGAAUUUGCCUUCGUCGAACUCACUUCAGGUCGCGACUGCGUUUGCGAAUUCGAUCGAAAGCUCGUCCAAAGCGGAGAAAAUUUUACGAGAUUUAGCACAAAAAAUCUCGGAAAGCGAUCGAUUAUACUACGACGAAGCGAAAGAAACACUCACGGACGGAGAGUACGACUUGUUACGGAUGAAAUUUGAAGCGGUGGAGAGAAAGUUUGAAGAGUUGCGAGGGAAAUUUGACGACGGGAUGUACUCGCGGGUAGGGAGCGGUAGGUUGGCGUCUUCGUCGUCGAAUUCAUCCUUUGAGUAUAAGAAGUAUAAACAUUUGUCGCCGAUGCAAAGUUUGAAGAACGCGUUUAACGCGGACGAGGUGAGAGAGUUUGACGAGAGGGUGAGGAAGAGCUUGGUUGAAGUUUUGCCGGCGGCGGCUUUGCAAAAAGUAGAGUACUGCGCAGAAUUGAAAAUCGACGGCGUUUCCGCGAGUUUGCGAUACGAAAACGGGAAACUCGUCCGCGCGUUGAGUCGCGGGGACGGCGAGUUUGGCGAAGACAUCACGAGACACGUGUUGAGUUCUUCAUGUCGAGACGUACCGAGAGAAUUGGGUGGAGAAGGAUCGUCCUACCCGGAAGUCUUUGAAAUUCGCGGCGAGGUGUACGUAGAAGAAGACGCUUUGGAAAAAGUCAACGAGAGGAAAAGUGCAAACGGAGAAACACCGUUUAAAAAUGCGCGAAACGCCGCCGCAGGGGUCAUGCGCAUGAAAGAACAAAACGUAGACGUUCCUUUAUCGUUCAUUCCGCACGGUUGGGGGACAGAAGGAGGAGACCGCGCAGAAUUGUUCGAGACGCAAAUUGAAUUUUACGAAAAGUGUCAAAAGUGGGGGUUUUCCGAUUUAUGUUUGACCAGGAGCGCGAUUUCCUCUGAUUUGAACGAACUCUUCGCGUUCCACGCGAAAACGUACGAUUUAAGAGACACGUUGUCGCAUAAAAUCGAUGGCGUCGUGUAUAAAAUAAAUGAAACGCGUUUGCGCGAUCGGAUCGGCUCCGACUCGAGAGCACCAAAAUGGGCCAUCGCGCACAAGUUCGUCGCGGAUGUUGCGAUAACGACGUUGAAAUCCAUAGAAGUGCAAGUAGGACGAACCGGCGUGUUGACACCAGUAGCUAUAUUAGAACCGUGCGAGUUGAACGGAGCAACUAUACGUCGCGCGACGUUGCACAACUUUUUCGAAAUUGAACGCAAAAAGAUUCAGAUUGGCCAAGACGUCGUCGUCGAGAGAGCCGGGGACGUCAUUCCAAAAAUUAUUCGCGUCGCCACUGACGCUGAACGGAUAACGAGUGAAGAAAACGCGAAAGAGGCAUCCUCCUCUUCUUCGUCUUUGGGAGCAGCGCUAGGUUUAUCGUCAUCGUCAUCAACGUCGUCGUCGUUAAAUCUGGGCGGCGCUUCUGCCUACGCCGCGCCGAUGUUGUGUCCGUGUUGCAACUCGCUCGUCUCUCGAGACGCCGAGGACGGCAUGGUUAUUCGAUGUAACGCGGGUUUGAAGUGUCCAGCGCAGAGAACCGCGAGGACGACGCAUUUUGCCUCUAAAAAAGCCUUAGACAUUCGCGGUUUAGCUGAAAAGCAAAUCGAGAAACUCUUUGAGACGAACGCCAUCGAGCGCACGUCGGACAUUUUCACGUUGGAGGAAAGAUUUUACGGACCGAAUAGAAACGAGGAAGAAAUGCCUCCUGUUUGGGCGCGUUACGAAAACCCCGCGCAAAAGAAAAAGCACGAGUUUACAAAAAACGCGCUGAACAUGUUCGCUGCCAUCAACGACGUGAAAACGAACGGCGUUCAGCUGGCAAAAUUCAUAUACGCUUUAGGAAUACCGUUCGUCGGCGAAGCGACGGCGAAGGAACUCGCGAAAACGUACAAAAGUUUAGACAAGUUCAAAGAAGCGGCGGAGCGUUAUCACGAAACUGGGAGUAGAGCGGACGAAGAGAGCGACGUCGACGAGAAGAACGGCAUCAAAAUCUCUCUCGAAGCUGUCGAAGGCGUCGGCGAUAUCGUCGCGAAAAGCAUCGCCAACUUUUGGAGCGAGCCGAACAACGCCAACGAGGUGAAACGAAUUCUGGACAACGGCGUGAAGAUUCUUCCCGUUUUUGGAGGCGACGUGUCAUCAUCCUCAUCCUCAUCGUCAAGAACGAACAACAACAUAAACAACAACAACAACAAACUCUCCAAUUUAAAAGUCUGCAUUACCGGCACGUUCACUUCGAAAUCGCGUUCCGAAAUCCAACGAGACAUCGAACGCCUCGGCGGUUCCGUCUCCAACGCGCUCGCGAAAUCCACCGAUAUCCUCUUAAUCGGCGAGAACCCCGGUAAGAGUAAACUCGAAAAAGCGAGAGAGAUUGCGAAGAGUAAAGGAGGCCGCAUCGUACUCGUGGAAGGUUUCGAGCAAUUUCAAAAGGACUGGUUAACCACGAUGGAGGAGGAUCGGGAUGAUGAUGAUGAUCGGGAGGAAUAA